GAUAUCGAGGCAACUGGAAGGGCAUUACAAGGAAAUCAUCUUUAUCUGCAUUGUAUAAAAGAUGGAGUUUCAACCAACCACUGUACUGUGGGUCGACCAUUCAGAGUGAUCAAGAUGAAGUGGCUUGUUCUGUUGUCCGUGCUGGUGGCGUUUGCUGAAUGCCUGCAUAAGAUUCCCCUGAUCAAGGGAAAGACUGCCAGGCAGAGUCUGCAGGAGCAGGGUCUGUGGGAGGAAUUCAGGAGAGCGCACCCAUACAACCCCACUUCCAAGUUCAUCCAGGACGGAAGUGAGUCCAUGACCAACGAUGCUGAUUUGUCCUACUAUGGCGUGAUCUCGAUCGGCACCCCUCCUCAGUCCUUCUCCGUCAUCUUCGACACUGGUUCCUCCAACCUGUGGGUGCCCUCUGUCUACUGCAGCAGCCAGGCCUGCAACAAUCAUAGGAAAUACAACCCACAGCAGUCCAGCACCUUCAGGUGGGGCACUGAGACUAUUUCCAUCCAGUACGGAACCGGCAGCAUGACCGGCCAUCUUGCUGUUGACACAGUUGAGGUUGGUGGAAUCACUGUGGCCAACCAGGUGUUUGGAAUCAGCAAAACCGAGGCUCCCUUCAUGGCCCACAUGGUUGCCGACGGCAUCCUCGGAUUGGCCUUCCAGUCCAUUGCCUCCGACAAUGUUGUGCCCGUCUUUGACAUGAUGGUGCAGCAGAAUCUGGUGUCCCAGCCCCUGUUCUCUGUCUACCUGAGCAGCCACAGUCAGGAAGGCAGCGUGGUGGUCUUCGGUGGAAUCGAGGAGAAUUACUAUACCGGGCAAAUCACUUGGAUCCCCCUGACCUCUGCUACCUACUGGCAGAUCAAGAUGGAUAGUGUCACCAUCAACGGUAACCCAGUGGCGUGCAACGGUGGUUGCCAGGCCAUCAUUGACACUGGUACCUCCCUGAUCGUUGGGCCCUCCAGUGACAUCAGCAACAUGAACUCCUGGGUGGGAGCGAGCACCGACCAGUACGGAGAUGCCACAGUGAACUGCCAGAACAUUGGCAGCAUGCCCGAAGUCGUCUUCACUCUCAGUGGUCAUUCCUUCACCGUUCCUGCCUCUGCCUACGUGUCUCAGUCUUCUUACGGUUGCAACACCGGUUUUGGUGGAGGAAACGACCAGCUGUGGAUCCUAGGAGAUGUCUUCAUCCGGCAGUUCUACGUCAUCUUCGACAGCCAGAACCAAAACAUCGGUCUGGCCCAGGCUGUCUAAUCGAUCUAGCCCCUGUAUGUAAUAUAUUGCUGAAAAUGUGCACUUCUACAUCAUGAUGACGUAGAGAUGAUUAUUUCAAAUAAAAUCAAAAUUGCAAAUUAAGAAAAUAGCUUUUGUCUUUA